AUGGACGCGCGAUGCCAGUGCGGCGCGGUGAAGUUCAAGACGCCGCUCCCGAAGCCGUUGCGGCUGUACAUCUGCCACUGCGACGAGUGUAAGCGGCAGACCGGGUCGGCGUUCGGGACGUCGGCGAUUUUCCCAAAGUUCAAGAUCCCGCCCGCCGAGUUGCUGGGCGUCUACGCGAGGCCGACUGCUUCGGGAGUAACUCUUCACUGCUACUUCUGCCGCAACUGCGGGACCAGGUUGAUCCACAGCACGCCGGAUAAAAACGUCGUCUCGGUCAAGGGCGGCUGCAUUGACGGCCUCGACUGGAAGACGGCGGUGCACAUCUGGACCAAGAACGCCAUGGUCCCCAUCCCGGAGGGAGCCGAGACCCACCCGGAGGAGGCCGAUUACACCGACUACGGGGAUUCGCAGGAGUCGCUGGAUCAGCCGACGGACCUCCGCGGGAACGGCGGGUGCACCGGGGCCGUGAAGCCGGUAAUCAGGGCGGCUUGCGAUAUCAGCCCCAGCAGCUCUCUGCAGUAA